CAUGAUUUCUGAUUUUUGUUUGUGUACAAUUGCUUGUCCGAUCCUGCUUAUCAUUGGUGCAAAUACAAAUUUGUCUUUUUUUUUUCUUUUACUACGCAUCCUGACAUAUUCCAUCCCAAUGUUAUUAAGCACUUGUGUAAAGAUUAAUUGCCCACCUCUGACCAGCAUUGGUCUACGGCCAGUAUUUCUUACUGACACAAUCUUGCCAUCUGGUCCACUUGAUCGCAGCACUUGCCGAAAUUUUUAAUUUCAUCAUUUUUAUACAAUAAGGAACCUAGAGUUUUUAGCUGACUAAACUUAGCAGAAGAGCUCAUUUUGUAAUAUUGUUGAGACUCAA